AUGGUAAACCGCCAGGUGGCGCCAGAUGGCCAAGCCCAGGAAUUUGCGGAGCUUGCAUGCAAUCGGUGCACCGGCGUGCAAUCCGCGGCGGUGUGCGCGUGCCUGCAGCAUCUUGCAUCGCGCUCCUUCCGAAGCGGCGGAGACAUUGCCCGGGCUGUUUUGUGCGCAAGAAAGUCGAUCUCCAACGCGCAUCGGAGGAUCCCUUGCCGCCUUGGCAAGCACAAUGGACGACAGGACUCGAAGGUCGCACAGGCACCGCUGGUCUUCGGAAGCGCGUGGCGGGCUCACAGCCAGUAUCUGGCCUGCGUGAUGCUCCUGGCAGAGUUGCACGAGCUGUCGGGAUGUCCCCAGGAUGCCCGUUUGGAAGCAACAGAAGCGCAGAAAUACGCCGAAACAUUGGCUGCGAGGCUGCCACAAGUUAAGAUGAAGGUUCUCCUAGGGAAGAUAAUGUGCAAAGAAGGUGCAUUGAGUGAAGCCGAGAGCCUGCUGCAAAAAGCAAAGGCAACUAUUCGAGGUGGUGAGUAUGGACCCCUCCUGGACACUGUACUCGGCCAAUGUCGUUGA